AUGAGUCCAAAAGAAUUCUUUCUAUGGAUUCUCUGCAUCGUAAAGAACUUAUUCACAAAAACCGCAUGGCUUUUCAAGAAAAGUAAUCCAGCAGCGAAUUGUGUUCAAGAUGACAUUGGUUUACGAUCGCUGAUCUUUCUCUCUGAGGAUUCCUCUGCAGUGGCAUUAACUCUGCCGAGCGAUGCAAGCGAAGAAAGGACUCUUACAGCAAUGUCUGAAAAUGAAAAAGUUAAUUCGCUUUCUGUAAAGUCUCAGAAAAUCAAUGUUUUUUUAAGCUGCAACAACACUAUACCACAACAUGCGGAGGUUUGUGAGCCAAGCACUGAACGUGAGUCUCCUCGUAAUUUAAAAUCCACAUAA